UCUUUCCCUCCUUCUCGCGAGGCAACCCGGGACUAUAUAUCCCGAGCCUUCGGGCUCGGCAAAUAGCAUCCAGCACGCAGCGACAAUUCUCAUCUCAGAGACGAUCAAGAAGCAAGCACCAAGGCAACAAGAGCAGAGGAAACAGGCACAGACAAAGGACAUGGACAUGGAGAUGACAUCUUCCUCGGCGCCGGCAGCGUCCUACUUCAACUUCUCCGUGGCGCAGGCCGUGGUGACCAUCUCCAUCAACGUCAUCCUCGUCUGGCUCUCCGCCCUCGUCAAGUCCUCCACCUCCUCCUCCUCCUCCGCCAGCCGCCGCUCGGCCGCCCCCGCGCCGGAGCCGGAGCCAGCGCAGCCUGCACCGGCAAGUGGCGCCUCCGAGGUCGACCUGGACGUGGUUCUCGGGGUGAUGGGCGCGGGCGGCGCCGCCUCGGUUGGGUUCGAGGAGGCGGCGGCGCUGUUCGAGGAGGAGGAGGCGACCGUGGAGGAGGCCGCGGCGGCGUUCCGCGUCUUCGACCGCAACGGCGACGGGUUCGUCGACGCCGGAGAGCUCGGGAGCGUGCUGAGGUCGCUCGGGUUCACCGCCGGCGUCGCGGCCGCGGAAUGCCAGCGCAUGAUCGACGCCUAUGACGAGAACAAGGACGGCCGGAUGGACUUCCAGGAGUUCCUCAACUUCAUGGAGAGGAGCAGCUCGUGAAGUGGCCGCCGGCGUCCGAUGACCGAUGAUUUGCUCAAUUCGUUUGUUCGUUUGUUCGUUUGUUCUCCUUGUCCUUUUUCCGGCCCGAAUGGAGCCGAAUGGUGCACCGUGCACACAAUCUCGUCUGUAUCCAAUCCUAUUCUUUAUACUACAAUAUACUCCCUCCGUUCCUAAA